AUGUCAACCGAACGCGAAUACCAGAUCAACCCGAUCGUCCCUGAAUCCGUCAUCCACAACUCCCGCGUCCUUUCCAAUUUACAAUCAAUCACAGCCUCGCUAUUUGGUGUCGCUGCCGGUAUCCUGGGCCUCGAAUCCUACCACGGCUUCCUCGUUUACAUCGUCUUCUCCAUCAUCACAUCAUUUCUCUUCUACGCCGUCAAGAUUGCUCCUGAGUCUGUUACAGAAGGCCGCGGUUUCCUCAACACCGGCAGAUAUUUCCAUGGUGCGCUAGACUACUGGACCGGUGGCAUUGUUAAUGGCUUUUCUGGAUUCGUUCUGACGUGGACACUCUUCUAUGGCCUUGUACGGGCAUAG